GCCGCCGCCGCUGUAAAGUUUAAAGGGGAAAAAAGCUCAUUCAGAGUGCUGGAUGAUUCUUUAAGCCAGAGAAACUUUGGAGGUGAAUGAAACCAGACGUCCAAAGAGUUUAAUGCCUGGAAAGGCUGGAUCACAAAGUUAAGACCAUCAUUUUAUGUAGAUUUUGGCCUAAAAUAUAGAUUUCUAGUUAAAUACAUGCGAUGUGAAGAUCUGUAAACCAAAACAGAGAAAACCUAUCUAAUCAUUAUCAACAUUAAAUGCUGUUAUAGAUGGUUAAAAUUGUGAAUAUUGCUCGAUAUUUACCAAUGCCUUGAUUUCUUUUAUUGAUUCCUGAAAAAUACUUUUCUGUACCUUCUUUUGAAUGAAGAAUAUUCCAUAUAAAACCAGCAUAUAAUCUCGAUCACAUGUACUUGUAUCAUAUUUCAAAACGGUUUCUGAAGUGGGUUAUAAAAUAAGGCAACAUCUAAUCUGAAAGUAACAUGCUUAUAAAGUGUGAUUUAGACAGGCCAUCAGUAGCCUGGACUUUGGAACAGGCAUGUUUAUUGACUGACUACAUCGAACUCAUUGAUUUAAUGUUAGAUUUUUUUUUCGAUAUUUGGUAAUGAAGUAAUUUGAUCAUCAUCAUAAAAGUAUUGAAUUUUGAUGGCUCUAAUAGCGACAUAUGCCUACAUAACAAAUAGCCUUCUGUUUUGCAGUGCCAUGCGUGGGCCAGUGCGCUGGGUUUUAUGGGACGUGAAGGACACUUUACUGAAGGUCCGGCGCUCUGUGGGGGAGCAGUACUGCAGGGAGGCUGAGCGCGCUGGACUGAAGUUACCACACCUGCAGGUAGAGGCUGCGUUCAGACAAGCUUACCGUCAACACUCUCGUCUCUAUCCCAACUACGGACUCGCUCAGGGCAUGAACGGUCAGGCGUGGUGGGCAGGAGUGGUGAAGAGCACCUUCUCCCAGUGUGGGGUACAGGACCCCGUCUUGCUCGACACAGUAGCCAGGAGUCUGUUCCAGAACUUCUGCGGACCAGAGAACUGGGAGGUGUUUCCAGAUUCAAAUUCUGCCCUGAAAUCCUGCACAGCUCUGGGAAUGAAACAGGGUGUGGUGUCUAACUUCGACAGCCGUCUAGAAGAGGUCCUUCGUGGAUGUGGCCUCCUUACUCACUUCUCAUUUCUCCUGACCUCAGAAGGGGCAGGCGUGGCCAAGCCAGACAUAACCAUUUUCCAACAAGCCCUGCAGAAGUGUGGAUUGCCGGCUAAAAAUGUAGCCCAUGUUGGGGACCACUACAUAAAUGAUUACCUCACAUCUCGAUCACUGGGUAUUCGUGGGUAUCUGCUCGAUAGACAUGGACAACAAGAACAUCUAAAUGUUCCUCCACAGCACAGACUGCAGAGCCUGGAUGAACUACCAGCCCGACUGCAACAGGAAACUGAUUAGAAAGGACAUCUCACCUCGGCGCUGGCACUGCUGCUGGUCAUAUUAAACUAGUCAUUCAGUUAAAUGUUAUCAAAUAAUUACUUUUUGUGACUCCAAUCUUGUUAGUUUUUUCUUUUUUCCGAUUAAAGGUCCUUGGAGAUGGGAUUUGUACUGAAACAUGCUCAAAUGAAUUUGCAGCCAACAGAUCCAACAGUUGAUUGUGCUGCGAUGCAGUCGAGUAGAUUGUGCAGAUCUUUUAAAAUCUACAUGCAAAAUAAUUACAUCAGAUUUGUUAAUCUUUGUUCAUGAGAAAAAUAAUCCACUGUUGCAUACAUUUGAAAAAAGGUACUAGAAUAAAAAGCUCUUUCUUUCCAAAUGUAGCAGAAUAAGUAAAAUGCUAGAAACAGAAAAGAUUGAGGGCUAAGAAAUCAUAUAAUCAGGGUAAAUACAAGAGUGAUGCCAAUAAAAGCUACUUUAAAUUAAAA